AAGCAUGCAUCAAGGACAAUGUAAACAGUAACAAAAAAAAAAGCGUAAUGAAAGGAUACAAUGAAACUAGUGAUUUGCAGUCAAAUAAUGGAAUACAUACUGGCAAAAAGUCAUAUUCAUGUAAUGAAUGCGAUAAAAGCUUCAAUCGGUCUAAUGAUUUGAAGAGACACAAUAGAAUACAUACUGGUGAAAAGCCAUAUUCUUGUGAUAAAUGUGGUAAAAGCUUCAGUCAAAUUAACCAUUUACAAUCACACCAUAGAAUACAUACUGGUGAGAAGCCAUAUUCUUGUACAGAAUGUGGUAAGAGCUUCAGUCAAAUUAACCAUUUACAAUCACACCAUAGAAUGCAUACUGAUGACAAGCCAUAUUCUUGUACAGAAUGUGGUAAGUGCUUCAAUCGAUCUGAUGUUUUGAAGAAACACAGUAAUAUACAUACUGGUUUAAAGAUAUAUUGUUGUAUAGAAUGUGGUAGGACCUUCAAACAAUCUGGUGAUUUGAGGAAACACAAUAGAGUACAUACUGGUGAAAAGCCAUAUUCUUGUAAAGAAUGUGGUAAGAGCUUCAGACAAUCUCGUGAUUUGAAAGUACACAAUAGAAUCCAUACUGGUGAAAUGCCAUAUUCAUGUAAAGAAUGUGGUAAAAGCUUCAGUCGACCUGAUGGUUUGAAGAAACACAAUAGAAGACAUACUGGUGAAAAGCCGUACUCUUGUAAAGAGUGUGGUAAGAGCUUUUUUCUAUCUGCUGAAUUGAAGAUGCACAAUAGAAUACAUACUGGUGAAAGGCCAUAUUCUUGUAAAGAUUGUGGUAAGAGCUUCUGUCGAUCUGAAGGAUUGAAGAAACACAAUAGAAUACAUAUUGGUGAAAAGAAAUGUUUAAAAGAAUGUGAUAAUACUUUCGAUAGUGUGAUGUGAGUACGCGCUUUUCGAUUGAGAGAGUCAUCCUGCCGCUAACGUCAGUCCAAACAUGACAGACUCGACCAUAUUCAUAAAACCAGUAGCGGCCUAACGCAGCGGUUUCUGAUAGGUUUGUGUCGGCAAUUGGUACGCAAACAACAAACCUUGUGAAAACUAACAUCAAAAAGAGUUGAUCCCAGGGGGUAUCAUCUCUGCCAGAGUCAGAGAUCUCUCAUUGAGUAUUUUUGCUUCUCGUGUUCUGGAGAGUGCACUGAACCGCUUACAUCUAACGAACGAUGCAAUAACAACACACCUCAUUACACCCCAAACAUUUGCGACAUUUGGGGAAUCUAUUCCAGCAUAACCACUGUGAUGGAUGAAAUCUUCUGUUGCUGACAUAACUGUAGAUAUAUUUCGUUAUUAGGAUUCACACCAUCUUAUAAGGUGUAAGAAAACUUUUAAUUUUAGUCAUAUAACAAAAUUUGAUAUAAAAAAUAAUUAUAGUGGAAUGAGGAUUUACUGCCGCAUCAAAUUAAAUACUAGAAUUACUUUUAAUUGUCUUAAAAUAUAACACUAGCCAGAUAUAUAGAUUUUAUUUCAAGUUUAUACCUAGUGAUAUAAAUAUAAUAAUAUAUAGCUGUUAGCGUCGAACCAUAAACCGGAUUUUGACUGGAAAAUUAAAUUAUAUUAAUUGUGAUGUCGAAACUAAUUAAGCAGCCUUUUAGUUAUUUUAAGAAACACGAAUUAUAAAAAUAGAAAUAAAAAAUGUUUAAGUACA